AUGAAUGAUGGCAGAUGCACCAAUUACAUCAAGAAUUACGAUCCCAAGGAAUUCAGGUUUUGCUCGCAGUACCACAACUGCCUCCAGCAAGGCUGCGCAAACCAACGCAACCACCCCAACGGCGUCGACUACCGAUACUGCCCCGACCACCGCUGCGACCACCAAGACUGCACAAACCCAAAGGCCUCGCCUUCCUCCUUCUGUGCCUCCCACACCUGCGCCGCCCCAUCCUGCCUGGCCCGCUGCCCCGGCGCGACGGGCGACCCGCACGACGCCUCCCGACACUGCGACCGCCACCGCAUGUGCGCCGCGGCGGGCUGCCGGCGCUUCGCCCACGUCAGCGAGCGGGGGGUCACCUCGGCCCACUGCGGCGAGCACUACUGCAAGUUCGAGCCGGCCUGCAACAACGGGCGGGCCGAGGACGCCGACGAGACGUGCGCGGCGCACACGUGCGAGGAGAGGGGCUGCACGCGGCCCAAGACGCGUCACCGGAGGGACGCCGGGCGGUAUUGUAAGCGCCACGAGUGCGAGACGGAUGAUUGUUGGGAGAGGAAGUGGUUGGAUAAGUGUAAGACUCAACAACCCGCUGCCGCCGGGCAGGCUGCGAUUCCCGAGUCGUCGACGGAGGCUCGUUACCAAAACUGCGCCGUCGUAGGCUGCCAGCAGCUCCGCGUGCCCAUGGUCCUGUCCCAGACGAUGAUGAUGUUUGGCGGGUUCAACCGCGCGGGAGGGCUCAAUUUACCGCUGUCGCCGUACUGUCAGGCCCACGCGUGCGGCCACGAAGGGUGCACGGAGCGGGCCGACGCAGAGGGGGAUUCGCGGUUUUGUACGGGCCAUGCGAGGUGUCGGCAGCCCGGGUGUACGAAUGGUGUUGAGGUCAGGGGUCGGGAUCGGACUUUGUGUGAGGAGCAUAAUCGGGGUGGGCUUGGGGGGAUGGGACGGAGGGGGAUGUUGGAUCCGGAUGCGUUUGGAUGGGGUGGAGGGGGAGGAGGAGGUGGUGGUGGUCAUUGGUCUGGGUUUGGCCCUUGGGGGGUGAAUGCUGCCAUAUAG